CACACACACACACAGCUCCUUGCUGCUCUCAGUAGAGGUGAGAGUCUUCAGCAGUCCACAGUCCUCCUGUGGUGGAGAUACAUCCUGUCACUUCAACUGGCUUUUAUUCCUCUGUCUGCUGGGGAUUGAUUGUCAGCUUGGAGGAGAGAUCCUCUCUGUGAGGACUGCAGCAGCAGCAGCAGGAAAAACAAUAUUUCUACACGACUCUACAGCCAGGAGGAGACGAUCAGGCUCCAGACCUCCUGAUGAUUACUCAACCUGACAAUCCAGAGAUGUCGCCCUGAUUCCUGUUUGUCGGACACAGCUUUUUUUUAAGCAAGAUGUCAACCACAACAGAAAAUGGAAUGGGAGGGCCCUGGAACACAAGCAGGGAGAAAACUUAUAAGAAGACCACGUCAUCGGCCCUGAAGGGGUCCAUUCAGCUGGGUAUUGGCUACACAGUGGGCAACCUCACCUCCAAGCCUGACAGAGACGUGCUUAUGCAAGACUUCUAUGUGGUGGAGAGUGUCUUUCUGCCAAGCGAGGGAAGCAACUUGACCCCAGCACAUCACUAUCCUGACUUCCGCUUUAAGACCUACGCCCCGCUGGCCUUCCGCUACUUCAGAGACCUGUUUGGCAUCAAACCAGACGACUACCUGUACUCCCUGGUAAAUGAACCUCUCAUCGAGCUGGCCAACCCCGGGGCCAGCGGCUCGCUCUUCUACCUAACCAGCGAUGACGAGUUCAUCAUUAAGACCGUCCAGCACAAAGAGGCCAAGUUUCUGCAGAGACUACUACCUGGAUACUACAUGAACUUGAACCAGAAUCCACGCACACUACUGCCUAAGUUUUACGGCCUGUACUGUAUCCAGUCGGGAGGCAUCAACAUCCGACUGGUGGUGAUGAACAACGUGCUGCCACGCUCCGUCAAGAUGCACUACAAAUACGACCUGAAGGGAUCCACGUACAAGCGGCGAGCGUCCAGGAAAGAGAGGGAGAAGGCCUGUCCCACUCACAAAGACCUGGACUUUCAGGACUUGCACGAGGAAGGGCUGUACUUUGACGCUGAGACGUACAACAACCUAAUGAAGACGCUGCAGAGAGACUGUCGGGUGCUGGAGAGUUUUAAGAUCAUGGACUACAGUCUGCUGCUGGGUGUGCACGUCCCGGACCAGAGUCAGAGAGAGGGCGGCGAGUCGGGCCAGGCGGGGGGCGACGGUAGGAGACCUGUGGGUCAGAGGGUCCUCUACUCCACCGCCAUGGAGUCCAUCCAGGGGGACGGCAAGGCAGCGGAGGCGCUCACCACGGACGACACGAUGGGUGGCAUCCCUGCUAAAACACACAAAGAAGAAAAGCUGCUCAUCUUCCUGGGUAUCAUAGAUAUUCUACAGUCAUACAGGUUCAUUAAGAAGUUGGAGCACUCGUGGAAAGCGCUGGUGUACGACGGUGACUCGGUCUCGGUGCACCGGCCCGGCUUUUACGCCAGCCGCUUCCUCAAGUUCAUGAGCACGAGGGUCUUCAGGAAGACUCAGCCACUUCGAUUUUCCCCUUCAAAGAGGACCCGCACCUCCAUCCCAGCUCUGAAGUCGUCCUCGCAGGAGAUCCUUUCAUCGCAGGCGGAUGAGAGGAAAGAGGGGGACAGGAGGGACCGGCUGGGAGGAGCCCGCAGCCUCGCCAGUCUGGACGGACACGCUGUGUUCGGUUCGUACCUGCGGCCCGAUCUGGUCCCCGCCAACCCGUCGUUCUACGAGGGCUCCUCCAUGGGAACCAUCUCCACCUCGUCCAUCUUUGUCAGCGUGGACCACCAAACAGAGGACAGAGACGAUGUCGCGUCCAGCUCCACGUUCACCCUGGAGGACAGUGCCAUCUGCCUCACGUCAGAGCAGAGCACCAUGGAUGUGGACAUGGACCGUGAUGAUGGAUCUGUUCUGGACGUCUACUUGUGAAUAGAGCCGCCUCACAGCCGUCAUUUCCUCCUGCCAAUCAUAAGACAAUCGCCGCACUCCAUUGGUCAGGCCGUGCUGGCCUUUUAACGCCACCUCCAGUGCUGCUACAUCCCUGUUGCCACUUGUUUUGCCAAAACAUAAAAAAGACUGAGAGACAGAGUAACAGAAGACACAGAGUCACAGUGACGGACAUCUGCAGGAACCACGUGACAUGUCACCCUAACGACGACGACCACCACGCUGAACUGAGAGUUGCAUUUUCAGAGCACGUGUCAAUGCAGUGCCAUUAAGUUUUAUAUACGUAUCCUGUUUUCAUGGCAUUUCAUGACUUUGACUGUACAUACACACACAAGGAGACUAGAUACAAAUCAUACAUUUCUUUAAAUCGUUUUUUUUUUCUUCUGCUGAUCAUAAAGAAAUGAUGGACACUUUUAAAACCUGCAGCCGCACCAGCUGCUGAUCAGAUGAGGAAUGUUUACACUAGUGAUGGCACCUCUGAGCCUGAUGACGGGGGACGUCCCUGCGCCACACACAGAGGACACACGCCAGCUCGUAGCCACAGACAACAAUAUGGACGAGAAAAGCUACUGAGGCCGAACACACACUGAGCUGUGUAUGAAGCGGCCACCUUCUCCUGACUGGGCCGAAGGACACGUGCUGCUCUGACGUGAGGAAAACACAGUUACUGGCAGUCGGAUGAAGCACAGAGCGGAUGGACAAUAGACUUGCUCUCAUAAAAAGGCACUUUUGACAUUGGUUAUGAUUACUGUAAGAAAUACUUCUCUCUGAGGACGUUGCUUAGGUGACAUAAGCACAGAUUUGGAUGUGUGAACAUGCACUUUUUUCUCCCCCCUCGUUCUACUCUACCAAUGCACACCUCUGUCAGUCCUCCACACCACAUGUACAGAGACUAUGAAGGAACAUUGUGGAUUAUUUUUGAUGCGGAGCUCCUAGUUUUGUCAGGACUGAAGAUGCUUUUACUCAGGACGUCCUCCUUUGAUACUGAUCGAGUCACGAGACAUACAGAUCCCACACAUAGAAGCCGUCUGAUACCUCUUCAUCCACAUCAAAUCCAACUCUCCAUGUUGAAUUCCACAAUCACGUCAUCACUUGAGACCAUAAUUUAUGUAAAUCUCACUAUUUUACCGUUUGCUGAAAGAAAUCUUUCAUCGCUGAAUGUAAAGACAAUGCAUAUUUAUAUAGAGAAGACUAUAAAUAAACUGUUAAAAAUCA